CCGCCCGGCGGCCGCCCAUGCACUGCGGCAGCAUGAUACAGAUCUUGGAUCCGAGACCCCUGCCGAGCCCCAUCAUGCCUGUGGACGUGGCCAUGAGGAUUUGCCUGGCGCACUCACCGCCGCUGAAGCGCUUCCUCAGCCCCCUCGAGGGCUGUCAGAGAAACAACUUGGUUAACAGGUUCAAACCUCUGCGCCCCUGCCUCAACGUGAAACGGGACCCCGAAGCGCAGAAGAGCGACUGGAGCCGCCCAUCGGCCCGAGCCAAGAAGCGAGUCGUGUUCGCCGACUCGAAGGGGCUCUCCCUGACGGCCAUACACACCUUCUCCGAGUUCCAGGAGCACCCCGUGUGGGACCUGCAGUUCGACUUGCUCAGCCUUGAGAGCAUCACGUCUGGCUUAAAGCUGCACGAAGAGAAAAGCCUGAUUCUGGGUUUCCCUCGGCCCUCAUCUGACUACCUGGACUUUCGGAGGCGCCUGCAGAAGAACUCAGUCUGUCUGGAGAACUGUGCCCUCCAAGAGCGGGUGCUGUCGGGGACCAUCAAGGUGAAAAACAUCAGCUUUGAGAAGAAGGUUCAGGUUCGAAUUACAUUUGAUACCUGGAAGACUUUCACGGACGCUGAGUGCGUAUACAUGAACAAUGUCUACGGUGACUCUGACAACGACACCUUCUCUUUUACCAUUGACCUGCCUCCUGCCAUCUCCUCUGAAGAGAAAAUAGAGUUUUGCAUUUCUUACCAAAGUGGAGAACACAUCUUCUGGGACAAUAAUGAGGGUCAGAAUUACAAGAUUCUCCAUGCAGAGUGGAAACCAGAUGGUGUUCAAAUACCAUCUGCCAGAGAAGAUUGUAUAGAUCUUCAGGCUCCAAAGAAAGUGCAGGACAGAGAGGCUGAUCACUUGGGCAGCCCAAGGAUGUCCAGAGGUCUCUUUCCUGAGUGGCAGAGCAUGGGAGGGAUUGAAAAUGCAUCACCAUAUUGGUGAUAGAUGCUAGCUAGGAAGUGUCUUCCAUUUGCAACAGAACAGUGUUAGUUCCCUGGUUCAUGCACAAUAUAACAAAACCACCCAGCAGGCUCUCACUGUCUGUACAAGAUGACUAGAACAUGGGACUUACUUACUAACCAUAUUGCAGUACUGAAGUUCUUAGCAGAAACUUAUCCUUGGAAAGAAAGCAAGAUAAAGCCCAUUUGUCUGCCAUCUGCCAUAGAAAUAGCACGCCUGUGUCUUAAAUAUAUGUUGCUUUCUUUCUGCUAGUCAUUUUUCUCAGUCAGUAGACAAGUGUGAGAAUGUACAAGAGGCAGUGAUAGCUUUGCAAGCUGUAGUGGCUGUGUGUGUGCAAGAUGGUAGGUGAACAGAACACCAUGAUUUGUUUUGUGCUGGUAGGAUCGUGGUAGAGAUGAGGUGACGUGGUCAGGACAGGGGUUGCAGCAGACCCUCCACAUCCUUGUAGGA